AUGAAACAAAGGUUUUCCAGUUUGGACGUCAAGGCAAGUAUUUUCAAUGCGUCAUUUUCUCUCUACAGUACUGAUUGUUUCGCUCAGGUAAUAGCCCAUGAGCUUUCGUCCAAACUCACCUCACUUCGAGUCACCAAUGUCUAUGAUUUGAGUUCGAGAAUCUUCCUUAUCAAGUUCCACAAGCCCGACCACCGUGAGCAACUUCUCAUCGACUCCGGCUUCCGUUGUCAUCUUACCGAGUAUGCGCGAACCACGGCUGGGACGCCUUCAGGCUUCGUCGCGAAGCUGCGCAAGUACCUGAAAACGCGACGCAUCACCUCGGUUGCACAGAUCGGUACAGACCGCAUCCUGGAAUUUCAAUUCUCAGAUGGACUCUAUAGAUUGUACCUGGAGUUUUACGCUGGUGGCAACAUCGUCUUAACAGAUGCCGAAUUGAACGUUUUGUCGCUGCUGCGGAAUGUCGACGAAGGCGAAGAACACGAGAAACUUAGGGUUGGGUUGAGAUACAACCUCACUCUACGACAAAACUAUGGCGGCGCUCCGGAGCUUACAAAGGAACGGGUGCGACAAGCAUUGCAGAAGGCUAUGGACAGGCAGCAGAAUCAGCCUGCAGCGACAGGGAAGAAAGCAAAGAAGGCAGGCAAAGACUCUCUGAGGAAAGCGCUGGCUGUGUCUAUUACCGAGUGUCCUCCGCUGCUAGUCGACCAUGCGCUACAUGUUGCAGACUUCGAUUCGACCCUGAAGCCGGAGGAGGUCAUCGCCGACGAUGGCCUCAUGGAGAAGCUAGUGUCGGUUCUACGGGAUGCAAGAAAAAUUACAGACGAAAUCACAACAACAAAUCAAAUCAAGGGCUACAUCCUCGCGAAGCCCAACCCAUCGGCGCCAACGAACGAGGAUGAGUCGUCUGAUAAGGCAAGACUUCUCUACGAUGAUUUCCACCCUUUCCGCCCGCAGCAAUUCGAGAACUCAGAUUACACUUUUAUCGAGUUUGAUGGCUUUAACAAAGCCGUGGACGAGUUCUUCUCCUCGAUAGAAGGCCAAAAACUAGAGUCAAAGUUGACGGAACGCGAACAGCAGGCCAAGAGGAAGCUAGAAAAGGCACGCAAGGAACACGAAGAUCGCAUUGGUGGACUACAGCAAGUACAAGAGCUAAACUUCCGAAAGGCAGAAGCAAUUCUGGCCAACGUACACCGUGUCACCGAAGCCACUGAGGCUGUGAACGGACUGAUAAGACAAGGCAUGGAUUGGGUCGACAUCGCGCGUCUGAUCGAGCGAGAGCAAAACUCCGGGAACGCUGUCGCACAGCUCAUCAAACUACCACUAAAGUUGAACGAGAACACCAUCACCCUGUUACUAGACGAGACAAAUUGGGAGGAAGGUGAAGAGGUAGAGGAUGAGGGCAAUGAAACGAGUUCUGUUAGCGAGGACAGUGACGAAGACGCAGGCGAAGAAGAUGGCGCAAAGAAGAAGUCUGCGCCAGUCAAGGUGUCGGCUCGACCUCAGUUGGCCAUCGACAUUGAUCUCAGUCUCACCGCAUGGGCAAAUUCGACCGAAUACUUUGACCAGAAGAAAACAGCCGCCAACAAGGAGGAUCGCACUUUGCAAGCAUCGACUAGAGCUUUGAAGAGCCACGAGAAGAAGGUAGCCGAGGAUCUGAAAAAGGGCCUGAAGCAGGAGAAGGAGGUGCUCCGACCCGUUCGCAAACAGCAGUGGUUCGAAAAGUUUAUCUAUUUCAUUUCUUCGGAUGGCUACCUAGUCCUGGGAGGCAAGGACGCGCAGCAAAACGAGAUCAUCUACCGACGUUUUCUACGCAAGGGAGAUGUAUACGUUCACGCCGAUCUCAAGGGAGCCAUGCCCAUGAUUAUCAAGAACAAGCCCGAUACACCAGAUGCUCCGAUACCACCCUCUACGCUUUCGCAAGCAGGCAACCUUUGCAUAUGUACUUCGGACGCAUGGGACUCCAAGGCUGUCAUGUCAGCAUGGUGGGUCCGCAGCGACCAAGUGAGCAAGACCGGACAAACUGGCGAAUUUCUCCCAGCGGGCAUGUUCAACGUCAAGGGAAAGAAGGAGUUCUUACCUCUAGCCCAACUCGUAGUGGGACUUGCAGUCAUGUUCGAAAUCAGCGAGUCAAGCAAGGCAAAUCAUCACAAGCAUCGGAUACAGGAGACUGCAGUUUCCGCUGCGGAAAUGGUGGAUGAGCCUACGGAUGAGACCAAGGCUGCAGACCAUACCAAAACUGACAACAGCGAUGAUGACGAAGACUUCCCGGACGCUAAGAUUGAAUCUGAUUCCGAGGACGAUUUCCCUGAUGCGAAGAUGGGUCAGACAGAAGAGAGUGAUGCUGAGUCUGAAGCGGCAGCUCCUAGAAGCAAUCCUCUGCAGUCAAGAACGACAGAUGCAAGAGAUGAAUCCGAUGAUGGAGACGAGCCGUCAGUUGCGCAAAAAGAUGACGAGUUCGCCAUGUCUGGAGGGCGAAAUAGAUCAUCAGCAAACGAAGAGCCACAGGAGGAUGAUGGCUCUGUAGCGGAUACGGAGAAGACAUCCAAAUCCACCGGACGCCGGCAACUGUCCGCAAGGGAACGUCGUCUCGCGAGAAAAGGGCAGCUUCCAGAACUGCCCCAAGUCCCAUCUAAUGCAGCACCAGCAGAUGACGAUGCCGCACACGAAGAGGGUUCAUCUGCAGAAGAAGGAAGUGCCAAGACACCUGGAAAGGUACCAGGCACAGCAACAUCACAGGGCACGAAGCAGAAGAACACACCUCUACCUCGCGGCAAGCGAGCAAAGGCAAAGAAGCAAGCGGCCAAGUAUGCCGCGCAGGACGAAGAAGACCGAGAGCUAGCUAUGCGCCUCCUAGGUUCCAAAUCCGGCCAACAAGCAGCAGAAGCCGCUGCGCAAGAGAAGCGACAGAAGGAAGAGCAGGCUCAAGCUGACAAGCAACGUCGCCGGGAGCAGCACCUUCGUGCGCAAGCUGCAGGCAAAGCCGCCGAAGAAGCGCGUCUACGUGCACUAGAGAAUGCUGAAGAUGACGACGAGGGCGACGAAGUUCUCAAGACCAACCUACAAAACCUCGACGCCUUCACUGGCCGUCCACUACCAAACGAUGAGAUUCUCUCUGCAAUCCCCGUAUGCGCUCCCUGGUCCGCACUCUCGUCAUACAAAUACAAGGCCAAGAUGCAGCCUGGUUCUACUAAGCGUGGUAAAGCUGUAAAGGAGGUGCUGACAAUCUGGGACCACGCUGGAAAGGACGCAAAGGCGUUGGACAAGUCGAGCCAGGAUACGGAGCGUAUCUGGCCAAAGGAGAUUGACCUUAUCAGGGGGUGGAAGGAGAUGGAGGUAGUUGGUGUAGUGCCGGUUAGCAAAGUCAGAGUUAUGAUUGCUGGUGGACGACGGGGUGCCGAGAUUGCCAAGGGCAAGAAGAAGAGCGCGAGAGGUGGGAGGGGCUCGAAGAAGAAGUGAGCGGCGGAUAGUGAUGGGAAGACUAGCAAAAGGAAACAUGUAGAAUACAACCUGCAAUCCUAUGGGUACUUUAUACA